CAGCCCUAGUUCUGACUUCUAAGCAUCUAAACGCUCCAUUAAUUUACUUCUUCUUUUUCCCCUCAUAUUCCUUUCUGCUUCUCUUCUCUUUCCUUUUUUUUUUUUCAAGUUGUUUGAAAUUCUAGUAAUGGAUGCACACCUCUGAAAGUAUGAUCGCAGAAUUUUGCAGUGAUAAGUUUAUCAAAGUUGAUGUAGUUGGAUGUAUUUGCGUUAAGUGGUGAAUAAAGAUCUGAGUCCUUUCACACACUGCUAAUUAAGCAACACUUUCCCGUAUUUUCUGCAGACGACGACGACGAUGAUGAUGGAUUAUUAAUUGAAGUUGAAGCAAGAGAUAGCAGCUGCACUUAAUUUCAGCUUCACUGCUUCCUGCAUAAGUAAAAAAGGUAAGAUGUACUAAAAAUCAGACUGACUGACAAAAGUGGGAAAUAAUAAUAAGUGGUGGGAGAGAGUAGAUGUUGGUGGCGGCAUGGCGGGGUAUAAUCCACCCUAUGUUCACCAACUUCUAACACCCGACCUUCAUCUUCAAGGCCCUUCUUUUCCAAUAUCGCAGGAUGAUAACAACAUCUCACCUCAAUCCAAAGACCUCCAAAACAAUAACCUAUCUCAUGACACCGUAUCGCCCACUUCUGGCGGCUCCAAUCGCCGCCCUAGAGGCCGUCCUUCUGGCUCCAAAAACAAACCUAAGCCUCCUAUUAUUGUAACACGCGACUCCCCCAAUGCCCUCCGAUCUCACGUGCUUGAGGUUUCCGGCGGCAGCGAUAUCAUGGAGAGUGUCUCCUGUUAUGCCAGAAAGAGAGGGAGAGGGGUCUGUGUGCUUAGCGGCAAUGGGACUGUGGCUAAUGUUACACUGAGACAGCCGGCGUCUCCUGCGGGGAGUGUCCUCACUUUGCACGGCAGGUUUGAGAUUCUUUCGCUAUCUGGAACGGUGCUUCCGCCCCCAGCGCCGCCUGGAGCGGGAGGGUUGUCGAUAUUUCUUUCUGGAGGACAGGGACAAGUUGUUGGAGGAAGCGUGGUUGGUCCGUUGAUGGCUUCUGGGCCUGUAGUUUUGAUGGCUGCGUCUUUUGCCAAUGCUGUGUUCGAGCGUUUGCCUUUGGAUGAGGAGGCAGAAGGAACCGCGCCAGUUCAAUCCACUGCUUCACAGUCUUCAGGAGUGACUGGAGGAGGGGGCGGUGGAGCUGGGCAGAUUGGGGAUGGAGGGGGUGGCGGUCUUUUUAAUAAUAUGGGAAAUUAUCCCUUUUCGUCAAAUGAUUUGUUGGGAUGGGGUGGAAGUGCUGCGAGGCCUCCAUUUUAGGAGUCUAAUGAUUUGAGUUGAAUAUAAAAAAUGAAGAAGAUUUCGAUAUAUAAUCUAUGAGUGGAGGCUGGUUCUUGGUUUUGUUUGUAAUCAACAAGGUCAGUGAAGUUCAUAUUCACAACUCCCAUUUGGCUUCUCUUAAUUUUCCCUUUCUAAUUUACUUCUUCACAUCAAUAUAUAUUCCUACUUUGAUAAUUGCUAGUUGUUUGUAAUUGAGCGAUUUAUAUGUAGACAUAUAUUAAUUGAUGCAUAUAUACAUACAGCCGAUGAUGCUAUUUCUAGGGUUCAUAUAAUUUGUGUUUUCCAUUUCUUGAGCUACACUUUAUUCUAUGCUUUUGUUUAUGAUUUAGUA